AUGGGCGGCGCCGUCCUUGUUCCCGACGAUGUUGAACGACGACCUUCUUGCGAGCCGCUCCUGGAUCACUCGCGCACUUCGUAUUCAAGCAUGGGCACCACCGAAGAGGCCACAGCUGGCCCGGCGCAAGACAACCACUCCUACACGGGAGCACACCAUGACAUUGACGAGGCCGCCGCCCGUCGCAUUAUGCGCAAGAUAGACUGGCACAUCAUUCCUCUAUUGUUUGUCACUUAUGUCUUCAACUUCAUGGACAAGACCAUUCUGUCGAGUGCCGCAGUAUUUGGAUUGAAGGACGACAAUCAUCUCAUUGGUCAACAGUAUUCUUGGGUGUCGUCUGUCUUCUACUUUGGCUACUUCUUCUGGACAUACCCUACGACUCUACUUAUCGCCCGUCUGCCAAUCGGCAAGUACCUGUCGGCAACCAUCAUCUUCUGGGGAGUCGUUGUCGCACUCACCGCCGCAUGCUCAAGCUAUGGCGGGCUCAUUACCGUGCGGUUCUUCCUCGGAGUGGCUGAGGCGACCGUGACACCAGCCUUGAUGUUCAUCACCACGACUUGGUAUACCCGUGAUGAGAUUCCCAAGCGAACUGGUAUCUGGUUCGCCGGCAACUCUGUGGGCGGCAUCAUCUCGUCAUUGCUCGCCUACGGCAUCGGACACAUUGACGACAGCGUCGGGCCAUGGAGGUGGAUGUUCAUCAUUCUCGGUGUAGCGACUUUCCUCUGGGCGUUUGUUAUCUUCUUCCUGCUACCCGACAGCAUCUCUAACGCCAAGUUCCUUACCCCUGAAGAACGUCAGUGGGCCAUUGACCGUGUUGUCAUUGCUGGUACUGGAAAAACGGAGAAGACAGCCUGGAAGUGGGAUCAGAUGAUCGAGUGUCUGCAAGACCCCAAGACCUGGCUCAUCUGGAUCAUUGCCUUGCUGUGUCAGAUUCCCAACGGAGGUACCCAGAACUUUGCCAACUUGGUUAUUACCUCUUUUGGCUUUACCUCCCUCCAGUCGACACUCAUCAAUAUCCCUUAUUCGGUCAUCACAGUCAUUGCCAUUACCGGAACGGGUUGGCUCGCUGGCCGCUUCAGAUCUCUCAACUGCAUCCUCGCUGCCCUCAUUGUGCUACCGCCCGUCGUGGGCAGCGCUCUCAUCGGCAAGCGGGCCGACCUGCCCCAGGGUGUCUCGCUCUUUGGCUACUUCCUGCUGUCGACGGGCCCCUCGGCACUGCCCCUGAUUCUCUCCCUUAUCCAGGUCAAUUUCAAGGGCGUUACCAAGAAGAUGACCAUGACGGCCAUGAUCUUCAUUGCCUACUGCGCCGGUAACAUUGCUGGCCCUCAGCUCUUCAAGAGCUCCGAGGCGCCAACCUACCCCACUGCAUUCCGGGCCAUUAUGAUUUGUUACGCUCUCGUGGUGUGCUUGUGCAUUGCUCUGAGGUUUUACCUGUCAUUCAUGAACAACAAGAGGCGUCAGGAAGAAGGCAUCGAGGGUAGUGCCGGUACCUCUGGUGCGGUAGGCGGUAAGGUCGACGAUGGUGCGGAUGAGCGUCCUGUCACCGAGGCGGUUAAUGAGGUUCAGCUUCGCCCGGAAGACUAUGACGAUGUAACAGACUGGAAGACUUUUGGGUUCAGGUAUCGCCUGUAA